AUCUCAGCUGAUCUCAGCUGGCGGUUGACAACAAAGUUAAUAUUGUGACGUACAAGUCAAAUUUUUCUCAUUUUUUACCGUACAUUUAUUUUUAAUUGUACGCAAUAUAUUGAAAGUUAUAUAUUUUCUGCAACAAUACGUUUUCCGUAUUCAAGAAAGUUACUUUAAAAGAUUUGAAUAUAACCUGUAAUAUCUUCCAAAAUGAGUAAGUAUAGGCGGGAAGAGACUUCGAGUGAAGACAGUGAUAGUGAAGAGGAGCGUCGCAAGAAAGAUAUUAAGGAAAGAGAUAGCUUUGCUAGUCGUCUUCGAGCUAAAGAUGAGAGCAAGAUACGCAAGGUUGCUAUGCCUGCUGGUUCCGGAGCUGUUGAAGCAGCGAAGAGACUCAAGAUUAUGGAGACGGAUGUUAGAGAGAAGCUGGUACCAAAAUUGCGAGUUGAGUCUCGUAGAAAAUAUCUGGAGAAACGUAAAGAGGACAAAGUUGCAGAAUUGGAGGCUGAUAUUGUUGAUGACGAAUAUCUAUUUGAGGAUGAAGUUUUAACAGACAGAGAAAAGCGUGAGAGAGCUCAUAAGAAACAGCUGUUGCAUUUAGCAAAGGAACAUGAGAAGGCAAGAGAACUCGAACGCAUUCAGCGUUAUCAUAUGCCUUUGGAAAAAGGCAAGACAGAACAAGAACCUGAUACUCUGGAUAAAGAGCCACCACAGUCAGAGCAAAGCAAAUGGGAAUCCGAUCAGAUGUCAUCAGCUGUUUUUCGUUUUGGUGCUAAAGAUAGAAAAGUUCAACAAGAGUAUGAUCUUCUUAUGGAGGACGAGAUAGAAUUCGUUCAAGCGCUACGUAUGCCUGGGCACGAUAAAGACAAAAAACGCGAGGAAAGCCCGCCUGCGCAUGUUAAAACUUUGCAAACGAUUGAGGAGACAAAGAAGAGUCUGCCUAUUUAUCCUUUCCGCAAUGAUCUGAUUCGAGCUAUCAAAGAUCAUCAGGUUUUGAUUAUAGAAGGUGAAACAGGUUCGGGGAAAACCACACAAAUUCCUCAAUAUCUGUACGAGUGUGGAUUUGCUGACGACGGUAAGAUUAUCGGAUGCACGCAGCCGCGGCGAGUAGCCGCGAUGUCGGUGGCUGCGAGAGUGGCUCACGAAAUGGCUGUUAAAUUGGGCAACGAGGUCGGUUAUGCUAUUCGUUUCGAAGAUUGCACGUCGCAUCGUACUCGUAUCAAGUAUAUGACUGACGGUACUCUGCACCGAGAGUUUCUUAGUGAGCCUGACUUAGCGUCGUACAGUGUAAUGAUAAUUGAUGAAGCGCAUGAACGGACUUUACAUACCGACAUAUUAUUUGGCCUGGUGAAGGAUAUCGCAAGGUUUCGACCUGAUUUGAAGCUGUUGAUAUCGUCGGCUACGUUGGAUGCCACAAAGUUCAGCGAAUUCUUUGACGAUGCUCCUAUAUUCAGAAUACCUGGUCGCCGUUUUCCCGUUGAUAUUUAUUACACGAAAGCACCGGAAGCAGAUUACAUCGACGCGUGUGUAGUUUCCAUUCUUCAAAUUCACGCAACGCAGCCAUCGGGUGAUAUAUUAGUAUUUUUGACUGGACAGGACGAGAUCGAGACGUGUCAGGAGAUGUUGCAGGAAAGAGUCAGAAGAUUAGGAAGCAAAUUGGCGGAACUUCUAAUUUUACCCGUCUAUGCGAAUCUACCGAGUGAUAUGCAAACGAAAAUAUUCCAACCGACUCCACUCGGAGCAAGAAAGGUUGUACUUGCAACUAAUAUAGCAGAGACUUCGCUGACUAUAGACAACAUAGUAUACGUGUUAGAUCCCGGCUUUGCGAAGCAGAACAAUUUCAAUUCGCGCACGGGCAUGGAAAGUUUAAUGGUCGUACCGAUCAGUAAAGCGUCCGCUAAUCAGAGGGCUGGGCGUGCGGGUAGAGUAGCGCCUGGGAAGUGUUUCCGUCUGUACACAGCUUGGGCCUAUCAGCAUGAGCUUGAAGAUAAUACUGUGCCUGAAAUUCAAAGGAUUAAUCUCGGUAAUGCAGUACUCACCUUGAAAGCUCUCGGGAUCAACGAUCUGGUGCACUUUGACUUUUUGGAUCCACCGCCGCACGAAACGUUGGUUUUAGCGUUGGAGCAGCUGUACGCGCUAGGCGCACUGAAUCAUCGCGGAGAGCUAACGAAACUUGGACGUAGAAUGGCCGAGUUUCCACUGGACCCAAUGAUGGCGAAAAUGCUAUUAGCUAGCGAGAAGUAUCGCUGCUCGGAAGAGGUGGCGACUAUCGCGGCUAUGCUAUCAGUGAACGGCGCAAUCUUUUACAGGCCGAAAGAUAAAAUUAUACAUGCGGAUGCUGCGCGCAAGAAUUUCCAUGUACCUGGCGGCGAUCAUCUGACUCUCCUCAACGUGUACAAUCAAUGGGCACAGAGUGAUUUCAGUACUCAUUGGUGCUAUGAGAAUUUUAUACAACACAGAUCUAUGAAACGUGCGAGAGACGUUAGAGAACAGUUGGUAGGCUUGAUGCAGCGCGUAGAGAUGGAAUUGGUCUCAGGAAUCGCGGAAACUAUUAAUAUAAGAAAGGCAAUUACGGCCGGUUAUUUCUAUCACGUGGCGCGUUUGUCAAAGGGAGGUCAUUACAAAACCGCAAAGCAUAAUCAGACAGUCGCGAUACACCCAAACAGUUCUCUAUUUCAAGAACUUCCACGCUGGCUCCUUUAUCACGAACUUGUUUUUACUACGAAGGAAUUCAUGCGUCAGGUGACGGAAAUUGAAAGUAAAUGGCUGUUGGAAGUAGCACCUCAUUACUAUAAGCCUAAAGAGCUAGAAGACUCGACGAACAAAAAGAUGCCGAAAGUUGCUGGCAGAGCACGUCCAGACGGAACCAACUAAGCACAGAAUUCUAUACUAUUUCUCUAAUGGAGUAUUAAAAUAUAUUUUGUACAUAUUCGUUUGUACACCGUGUAUAAAUAAAAUGUCACUCACUUGAA